UAUUGGUCUAUAUGUAUGUUAAUACCAGCUACCAUUGGAAUAAAGGGGGGGGGGGGGGGACUGUGACCGCCGAAAUGGUCAUAUAAGUAAAAAAUUAAGUGACUGAAAGGGGUGAAAAAAUGCGCGACCGAUGUCAUUAGAUGCAGCUAUGGCUCAAAGUGUGAACGCAAACGUAGUUGUAGUCGGUUGCGGGAUAUCAGGUGUAGCAGCGGCGCACAGGCUCGUUAAAGCUGGAUUUAAUAAUGUACGUAUACUUGAAGCUACUUCAAGAAGCGGAGGACGUAUCAAGACAGGCAAACUUGGUAAUAUUAUUACCGAAAUAGGUGCAACUUAUCUUCAUGGUCCAUCUGAGAAAAACCCUGUGUUUUGUCUGGCUCGUGACUAUGGCCUACUAGGUCCAGAGGCCCUUACCCCAGAAAACCAAGCCAUUGAUGUUGAUGAAUAUCCUCCCUGGGUCCCUAACUGGUUCAGCAGUUCAGGUCAGAGGCUGAGUGCUGAAUCCAUGAGUCCAGCUUUAGAGUUGUUUCAUGAGGUUCUGGAUAAUACUUGGCAGUUCAGGAAGCAGAAAGAACGAUCAGGAGCCAGUGUUGGCCACUACAUCCGAUCAAAGGCACCGAAACGAGCAUUAAAGAAGUGGAAAGAUAAAGAUGAGCCCACCAAAAAGCUGCUGCUGUCUGGCAUCAGUACCAUGUUGAAGGUGGAGUGCUGCGCCAGUGCAACUCACACCAUGGAUGAUAUAGAUUUGGUUGGAUAUUCUAUGUACAAGAGUAUCAAGGGAGUGGACUGCACAUUCCCAAGUGGGUAUGAUGGCUUGAUCAGCCACUUGAUGUCAGAGCUCCCCCCUGACUUGGUGACCUACAAUCGACCUGUUCGCUGUGUCCACUGGAACGGCACAGAGGGCGGAGUAAAUCCUGUAACUGUGGAGUGCGACGAUGGGGAGAGGAUUGCUGCUGAUCACGUUAUUCUUACAGUGCCUCUGGGAUACCUCAAGAAGCACCACUCAACCCUGUUCUCUCCUCCUCUCCCAACCCACAAGCUGGACUCUAUUCACCAACUAGGAUUUGGUACAUGUGAUAAAAUAUAUGUUGAGUUUGAAUCACCGUGGUGGGAUGCUGACUGUGAGGUCAUCUACUUGGUGUGGAAAGAUGAGGAAAAUAUUUCAGACCAAGUGUCGGAUAAAAUCCAAUCCUGGACUAGGAAGAUACCAGCAUUCACUGUGAUCAAACCCUCUGAAAAGGGUAGCCAUGUUCUCUGCGGCUGGAUCGCUGGCCUUGAGGCGGAGUACAUGGAGACACUUCCUGAGGAGGAAAUCAGGCGUUCCAUCACAGAGCUCAUUCACACAUUCACAGGAGACCGUACCAUCACACCAAAGAGAAUCCUGUGUACACGGUGGUUUAAUGAUCCCUGGACGUGUGGAUCCUACUGCCACCCAGCUUUACGUUGUUCAGCAAAGGAUCUUCAGAACAUGAAGGAGCCCUUGCCUGUGAAGGGAAAGUCGUCACAGCCUCUGCAGGUGUUGUUUGCUGGAGAGGCAACUCAUCCUUGCUACUACUCCACCGUCCACGGAGCACUUCAGACUGGGUGGAGAGAAGCUGACAGACUCAUCUCUCACCACUCUUCUGGCAGUCUAUUAAACCAGUCAGGCCAGAAAGUUAAAGUAUAGACAGCUGCUCAGCACCAGUUGUUGUUCAGUGUCUUUAAAUGACUUCAGGCAGCACUGAAGGGUCAGUCUCUUCAUCUGAGUUUAAAACUGGAGCCUUAAAGCUACUUGUAAUUAAGCCAUGUCUCCACUUGCACUCUCCUUAGAAGAGUUGCAUCAUGGGAAACAUCAGUGCCAAAUUGAUCCAUAGGAAAAUACAUAGAAUAAAAACUUUCCGUUGUAAGUGUGAUAGUUCUGUUAAUUAUUUAUGACUUGCAGGACUAUACAGAAUCAUUUUAGGGCCAACAGGAACAUGAGUCAGGUACAUACGUUGGCUCAUAAAAGAAGUAAUUGUCCAGUAAAACAUAUGGGCCAAGGUAAGGUCUGUGGUUGUCAUACAUAAGCAAUGGCGUAACUAAACACAUCAGAAAGGACAAGUCAAGGUAAAGUUCAUAAAGCAGUUAGGAAAAGCACAGUAAACAAUCUGAUAAGGACAGAUAAGUUCUGUCAGGUUAAUGAUGGAAGAGAGUUGGAUGAAUGUGCAUCAGCAGCUUUAAAGGAAUUGUUUCACGGCAGACCGGUAGGAUCUGCUGUGAUUAUUGGGUUAGAAAGCAAUUACAUUAACUGCAUAACAAGCAGGUAACUGUGACAAACAAAACAGAAGGAUUGUCACAAUUAUUGUGUAUGAAUUUGCCUAUCUGUAAUCUCCACUGUCCUUGAACCAAAAAUGUCAACUAGUCAGGACUUGUUCGCACGUUGCUGCUGGCUGAGAAUCAGAUAUAAAAACAGUUUUUCAAGGUUUAAUCAAAUAAUCUGUAUAAGUCAAAUUCAUGAAUGGCACAUAAAUCAAUGCUAGUAGAUGGAUCGUAUGAAUUAGAAGACCAAUUAGGGCACAAUUUUGCAAGUAACAUUGACAUUCUUUUUUUCCCUACUGUAAUGCCAUGCUGAUUACAAAGAAUGUAAAUGUAACCAGCAAAGCAGAUUUCCAUUUGUCUAUAAUUAUAUAUAUAAUGAAUAAAAAAAUACUUUAUUUGUUGUCAUGUUUGUGUUUGUGGUGUUAAAAUCAAAACUAAAAAUACUAUGUAAUUACUGUGUAAUUCUUUUAUUAUUUAUAAAUAAAUAAAUAAAUUGUG